AUGGACCUGAGGCGCUGCGGGGGGUUCCGGGCUCAAUUGGCUGCGUUCAUCGCACCAUUUUGUGCUCCCCUCGUUGCUCCUCAGCGUCGAGGCUGGCGUCCGCUAGCUUUGCGCCCGCCCUACCUCAUCUCCCUCGUCUCUCUCUUGCUGUUCAUGCUUCUGGCCCUCGAGGGUCUACGACAAUAUAGCCAUCGCCGCGGAGGGUUGGUCUUCUUCAGCGAUACCGACGAGGUCUCGGCCUUGCAAUCAUUUGCCUAUAAUUAUGUGCCCAUCAUUGUCGCCCUGGUGCUGGUCAUGAUCUGGACGGUCACCGAUUUCGAUGUUCUACGCCUCGAACCGUACUUCCAACUCUCGCUUCCUCAAGGCGCGCCUGCCACGGUCCUUUUUAUCAAUUAUAACUUCGGUCAAACCAUCCUCACUCCCAUCAAUGCGGCCCGUCGUCGGCACUGGAUUGUUCUGUGGGUCUCGGUGCUAACAUUGUCGAUCCGUCUGAUUCUCCCGGCCUUGCACAGUACCGUCUUUGAACUGCGGGAAGUGACUGUGAAGAGUCGAGUCUCAAUGAAAAGCUGGCCGGUCCUGGUCGAUCUCGAAACGCAAGCAACAUGGAUGUCCACCCAGGCCAACAACACUGUCGAUUCGGUUCUGUCGGCGGACGAACAAGCGCGCCGGUCGCGGUCGACGGAAUAUGCCAUCGCCCCCGUGGAGAUCCCCAACAACACAAACGAGGAGGAGGAUGAUACACUGUGGAAUCUGGAUCAAGAAGUCUAUUGGGCCCAGGUCACUUGUGAAAAUAUGCCUCUCGAUAACAAAUUGUCCGUCACGAUCAACACACCGGACCACGGCUAUCCAACCGUUUCGUGGAACGCUUCCGGCAUCGACCUCGACGAUGCCUAUGGUCAUGCUACCUCGUGCAAGCUGGACUUUUCGUACGACAGCGUUUUCUUUCCCUCCACCGAUUAUCUCCAAGUCCGCUAUUGGGAGCCUGUCAUCAGCAGCGCCGCAGAAUCUGCCUAUCGAGAUCGCUCACGGGCAUUCAACCUGACCGGAUGUGACCCAUACGAUCUAUACGGGAUGGUGAUCGGUGUCAAUGCUACCGAAUCCGAGUCUGACUCUUCCACGUACACAGCAUCCGGUGUAGCCUUUGCUUGCGACAUUACAUAUCACAAGGCUCAAGCCAGUGUCUCGAUGCAUUCCAACAGUUCCAUCGAAAGCCUCCACGUCAAACCCUCCACCACCCAGACCCUAACCAGCUCGGAGUUCAACAUCGAGCACUUCCAAGCUCUCCUCUCCCAACGGGCUCCGUAUACCAGCGACAUGCUCUUUAUUCGUGACAAUGCUACCACUGGUAGUCGCGCCGUGACUGAAUUGCCCGUGAUCAGUCAGGAGCUCGGUGAACUUCAACCCCUUCUCAUCCUGGACACAUCCACCUUGAUGACCGAAUCUGAGUUUGAAACAAAGAUCACUCGCGACGUGGAACAAACCUUUGUCCUGACCCUCGGUCGACUUUUCGAUCCUGACAUUCAGCCCACCGUGGUUUCAGCCACUCGGGUCACUAACCAAGUUGCAAUUGCCGUCGUGCAAUUCGCCGCAUUAUGGUCUGAGCUCAUUUUGGCCUUGGCCACUUUGACUACUGUCUAUCUUCUUUUCCUAUACCGCUCACGAGAGACCUUUCUCCAGAGCGACCCCGGAUCUAUCGGCGCCAUGUGCAGUAUUGCUGCCGAUAUUUUCCAUCCCUCCAAUGUCCUAGCAGAGCCUCAUGUUGAGUUCCAUCAAUUCUCCACUCGCCAGAUGCGUCGUAUCUUCAAGAAGGCCCGCUGCUAUUGGCGCCCUGGCCCAUCCGGUAACAGACUGGAGAUUCUUGCAGAGGAUGGUUCGCCAGUGCAACUCGGAGAAGAUUUGCGUGUUCACGCCGACCCAAUGCCUCAUUUUCUGCUCAUCCCUUUCUUUAUCAUUGAAUUCUUAGCUCUAGCAGCUGUCAUUAUCCUGAUGGCGCUCGUGGUGUCUUCGCUUGCCCGAGAUGGCAGAUUCAAACAUCUAACGCAGACCGAUUCUACAUCCUUCCAGGUCAUCCUUUCCUUCCUGCCUUCUGUGGUCGCAUCUUCCGUUGGCUCCUUAUGUACUUCCAUUCAUCGAAACCUCAGCGUUCUCGAGCCUUGGGUCCAUCUCCAAAGAGGAAAAGCCCCCGCCAAAGUCUCCUUGUCACUGAACUACUCUUCCCAGAGCCCGUUCGUAAUCUUGUUCAAGUCGAUCCGCGACCGACAUGCUUUGCUCGGCUUGGUCUCUCUGGCCUGUAUCGUCAAUAUGGUUCUCACGGUCGUGGCGGGUGGGUUGUUCACACAGCAACUGACGUCCUCAACCCUCCCGACCCAAGACUUGACUGCCAACUAUAGCCAAUCUGUCUUCUGGCGAACCGACUUUGCAGCGGAGUUCACAGAGUAUGACUUGAUCCAGACAAGCAUCACGAGUGGAGUUCCUAUGCUGUCCUGGACCAGCCCAAACCAGUCAUUCAUCCCGCUCCAUAUUCAUAACCGUAAUUCGGAUGUGAUGUAUGGCGCCACUACUCUCGGCGUUGGUUCGCAACUACAGUGCUCUCCGCUCUCCUCGGCCGAUGGUUUGGUGUAUAACGCAACCUCUGGUCAUCAAUACUGGCAGUAUAGCAUGUUCCACAACUCAUCCCAAGAAUGUGUUGCCGCUAUGCCUACCCCGAAGAAUAAGAAUGAAGGGAUCGCCUUGUCCAUUCAGUUCCUGUCUGCUAGUGAUAGGAUUCACUCGGACAUCUGUCAAACCUCGAGUGUCAUUGUUGUUGGCCGCUGGAACUACAUGGCUGACACAGCAGUGACCGACAACAACACGAUUGCUUUACAUUGCGAACCGCAUGUCCGCCUCCAGAAUUACUCGAUUACGUUUGACCAGAAGGGACAGAUCCAGGGUCAUGAUUCCGUUGCAAAUACAGCCAUCACCACGGGUGAAAUGUAUGAGAACGCGACCGUGAGUCUAGGACAGUUCAAUAAAGUGUUUGUCGCCAUUCCUGAGAGCUAUGUCGGCAACACCACUUCUCAGAAUGGGACGUAUAAUAUCUCUUCCUACGACUGGGCUGGCUUCCUCGUGGCACGGUUGUACCAGCGGGCAGAUCCGGAUUUCGAUUCUCUCGAUGUUGAUCGCUUCACGGACCUCACUCAGGUCGUAUAUCAGUGGGUCUAUGCCACCUACUUUUCUAUCUGGCACGACAUCUACCUCCAACCAUUAAAGCAUCCACAUACCGCGGCCAACGCUACCGUGAUCCGAAGCACUUGGGGCAUGGUGCCGUCAGUGCCGUCGCUCGCCAUUGCUUUGAUAAUCAUCGCCUUCGACACACUCGUUGUCCUUGUGGUCUUUGGCACCCGCCAUGGCCGAUUCCGAGGCCCACGAAUGCCACGGUCCAUUGGUGCCAUCAUCCCCUGGAUCGCACAUAGCCGCAUGCUCGGCGACUUCAGCGACACCUACAAAUGGACCAACUCUCAGCGGCGUGACCACCUGUCGACCUUGGGCAAAAGGUACGCAUUCCGACAAUUCAUGGGUCUGGAUGGUCGUUGGCGCUUCGCUGUCGACGAAGAGCCUCCUGACGUCAAAAUACCACCACAAUCUGACCUUCCCCAAAACGACCCCGAGUCGGAAGAGGGCAAAACGACAUCCAUCCAACUGCAGGAGUUGCCAAACCAGCAGUCUCGGCCGCGAAACUAA